AUUGACACGCUCAGUCCCUUCCCCGGCGAUCAAGAUCUCUUCCCGCUGUUCGCAGGACCAUUCGACGAAAUAUCGCUGGAUUACGAGCAACCUGUCAGCGAUGCCGCACAAACAUUGCACAAUCUGCUUUGGAUCAUCACUAGGUUCGUUCAGGUUCUGCCUGUCCGCGAUCCAGGCGGACGGUCUCCUCAACCAAUGGAGCAGCUGCAGGCCGCAUGGGGUACCCUCAUGAAUAAGGCCGGCGAAAUACUCGCGGUUGCGCCGGCUGGCACGAGGUGGUACUCGGACGCCGAUCAUUCGCCUCCAACCCCGUUAAACCAGCUAACAUCCUUCAAGAAACGAGCGGCGGUGCUGCUGCUCACGCCGUCGCAGCUGGACCUCCCUCCUACUGUGACCCGCACCCUCCAAAGCUGGUUGUCGCAGCCGUCCUUUGUUCUCAAAGCCACCUUAGAGCCGCUUCUCAGUGACAGCGUCGCACCAGCCGAUGCACUCUGGUCCGUCGUGGCCGCGCUACGCUAUCUGCUCGGCGACAGCGGGAAGGUUGUUCCGCGUGAAGUAUUCACGACCAUCUUGCAGUUCCCGGAUUCACUCCCGGACGAUAAAUGGACGACGAUAACCGACAUCGUGGCGGAGAUUAUCCGUGGGAAAAUCAAGAGCCACACCAACUUGCAGCCGACCCUUCCCGAAUGGCUCGUAGACGCAGUCAUCUUACUCCUGUCUCGACCUACUCAUGAAGUCUCGCGUGACGCAGCUGCGUGUCUCGAGCUUCUCUUCGGCCAUACACCCCGCAUAGUCAACCUUGUCUGGAAACGUACAUCCGCCAGCGCUUUCGUUCCACUUUCGAGACGCCUCGCGUCGAUAUGUACGAACGGUCUCACUCUGAAGGCGUGUCUCGACCUGUAUGCCUGCUAUCUGGCCCCAGAGGACAAACUCAACUCUCAGUCCGAUCCCAGCUCCCGGUCGGUUUCCAGCUCCCAGCCAGAUCCCAACACUCAGCCAGAUCUCGCAAAAACCGCUGCACGCAGAUCUUUAACAGAAAUUCUGCGAAUGCAAAAUCCGCGCAAGCCGGAGGUCCUCAAGGAUCUCUGGGAAUUCCUGGAGAAGUGUGUUCCGCAGCUGAACAUUCCCUCCCCGCAGUGGCGCGACGUGUCUGCAGAGGUCAUUGGCGUGCUCAUGCUGCUUUCGCGCUGCGUGUUCGAGAUGGACGCGAGCGGGGGGCUUCUAAAGCUGUUCAGAUCCAUGUGGGCCAACGAAGGCUCGUUCGGCAUCUUCUGGCUCCUCGCGACGUUACAUCCCAAGGAUCGGCUGCAGGACCCGGGAAUCCUUGAUACAUGUCGCAACCUGCUCCGCGCCGCUGGUGCGUAUUGCUAGGCCCCGAUAAGCGAA